CCUGCAGGAGGGAAGCGUCUUUGGAACACUUUCAGAGCUAUCUGAGUCUGUGUCUACAGAAUGGCGAUUCCAAGACCACAAAUGAAGUUCUUUUAUAUUUUCAGAGCUUGAAUAGAUAAACAAGGCAUAACCCAUUUUCCUUAAUUGUGCCAUGUGGUUUACUUAAUUUGUAGGAAAAUAUUUUGUUAAAUGAGGAUCUUGAUUAGAUUUAAAUUGACUGCCAUCCGAGUAAAUCAGGGUGCAUCUUCUGAAUUGUAUGAUUAAAGAGGUUAUCAAUUGCAUAUAAAGAGAGAUAUUCACCAAGGCAGCAGUUUUCCCAGCCAGAGAAAGAAGACCUGGACUCCCUUGCGUGGGGACCCCAUCUGCAAAAAAGGCUCUGUCGUUGGCUUUCCUACCCACUCAGGCUUUGCUUUGCAAGCUCAGCUAAGCUUGGACUGCAUGACACCCAGAGGAAGAUCACAGGAAAGCGAGUUACUGCCAAUGCACCCACUGGAAUCAGUGACCUUUGAAGAUAUAGUUAUAGACUUCACAAAGGAAGAGUGGGCCCUGCUGGAUACAUCCCAAAGAAAACUGUACAGAGAUGUGACACUGGAAAAUAUCAGUCAUCUGGUCUCCCUGGGGUAUCAGAUCUACAAAUUAGAUGUGAUUUCCUACCUGGAGCAAGAAGAAGACCUGUGGAGUCAAGGCAGAAGAGUUUUCCAAGACCAGAGUUCAGGCAGUGCCCUUAACAAACAAGAAAUUAUACACAUGCAAAGAGACACAUCCACAACGAUGCCAAUGGUGAAGGCUCACAUUCAAGAGGAUCCCUUUGAAAGAAACGGUUUGGGAGAAGAUUUCACAUGCAGCUCUAUGUUUACUCAACAUUUAUCUUACACAGGAAACAAACCCCUUGUGAGCAAACAGUGUGGAAAAUCAACCAGCAGCCGCUCACACUUUAAACAACAUAAGAAAAUUCUGAGCAGAGGUCAGUCCUAUGAAUGCCAGCUGUGUGGGAAAUCCCUUAGCAGCUGCUUUAGCCUUCGACGGCACGAGAUGGCACACACUGGGCUGAAACCGUACACGUGCCACCUGUGUGGCUCGGCCUUCAUCCAAAGCUCUGACCUCAACAAGCACAAUCUAACUCACACCGGAGACAAGCCCUAUGAAUGUCAUGUAUGUGGCAAGGCCUUCAGUCAGUCUUCUAACCUUAGACAGCAUGAGAGAAUUCACACUGGCGAGAGACCGUACGAAUGCCAUGUGUGUGGGAUGGCUUUCGUCCAAACUUCUGACCUCAGGAAACACCACCUAAGUCACACUGGAGAGAAGCUGUACGGAUGUCAUGUGUGUGGGAAGGCCUUCAGCCAGUCUUCUUCCCUUAGACAGCACGAGAGGAUACACACUGGCGAGCGACCCUAUGAAUGCCACGUGUGUGGGAAAGCUUUCAGCAAAGCCUUUUCUCUUAGAAGACACGCGCGAACUCACUGGGGAGAAACCACGGGAGAGUCACCUGUGCGGGGAAUCCCACAGCAUCCUACCCUUAGGAGACAUAGGAGAAGCCACCCUGGAGAGAAAAUCGGGCAUGCCUUCAGGAAUACGAUCCAUCUCACCUGAGUGACAUGUACUGCAAAUGUGAUUUUUUCUUUUGUUUAUUUCAAAUUUGGAAGAUACGUGUCUGUGUCUUGUUAAAGUUUUAUAUUUACCAACACUCUUUCAAUGCCUCUUGCUCUUAUUUACUGUAUGCAGAGGGACAGAUCUAAUAAAUAUGCAGGUUCAUGCAAAAUUAUGUUGUGUUAUUGGAGACAUGUUCUACAAUUUCAAAAUGCCACACCACAGUGGGUUGUGGCUUACCAUUUAGCAUCUCUGUGCAUGGAUAUACUUUUAUUUUCAGAUUAGCUGUGAAGGCUACAGUGGCAUUCAGAAUGGAGGAGUUUGCCCUCACACAGGAGUGGCGACAGAAGUUGAGGCAGAAAGAGAAAUCUUAUGAAUGGGGCGAAGCCCUCUUUCAACAAUAUUAACUACAGAACAGAAGGAAACUUGGAAAUACUGUGAUCUUAAAACAAAAAAUGCGGAAUUUCGUGAAUGACAAAGGCGUCAGCCUGAGCAACAGCUGAAAUCCAGUGAAGCAAGUGUUUGUGAGCAGCACCUUCCGCUUCAGCAGACUUCCAAGGAAGAAACUCCACCCUUGUCACAAGCCCCACCCACCGCUGAGGGAGGUUGACAGGUACCAAGGGAGUGGCUGUCACCACCAUUCCACUUGUGGCUGGAAGCAUGAGGAAAAGCACAGAGGGCACCCCCAUGGACUAGGGAGGACAUAUGAGAGUGCUAAAUCACGUUGGGGGGGGUCUAUAUUCAGGAAACCCCCCACCUUUCUCUUUACCGCCAACAGAGUAGCUCAUUGUUUGCAUCAAGGAAAGAAUGAGAGAAGGUACAAGUCUGUGGUCUACGCAUGUAAAGACAGUGACUGUUCAGAGACCCUCCCCAGUCUUAUCCUGUACUACCCCGAUCUUCACAAUUGUUUCUGCUAAUUGUGUCCAUCCCGCUCCAGGCUUAAGGUAACAGAGGUGCAGAGAGGUAGUGGCAGGUCUCUGCAGGGUGGGGCCGCUUGUGAGAGGCUGAGAGGGUGUGGGUGCCUGCCUGCAAGCACUGCUUAUCCCCCUCGCUAAUGACCUCCCCGAUAAUGAGGUCUUUUAGUUUCUGGGGGUGCUGAUGGGGAAAGCCAAGUUCUCUCAGAUAUGUGCACACUUCUGGGUCCCCUAACCUGGGAAGUGUUUUCCAGCAGGGAAAAUGUUACAGCUAGGAGCUCCUCAGCACAAACUCACAUGGGGAAUGGUUUGCUUUUUCAAAAGGCACAAACCAGUAAAAGUUGUACAGAAUGCAAACCCGAGUGUGGCCAGGGAAGAGUGUUCUAGAAAAAGGCGAAAAGUCUCUGGAGCACCUAAUGGAAUAUGUCCCCCAGCUGUACCCUGCCUGGCAGUGACGGAGGAGAAAGGCCAGAUGGCUGCUGGCUGCGUGCAUAACAAAGCUGCCAGCCCCUUCGCUGCAGAUCUCACAUUCUUCAAACACUGGAUCGCAGUGGCCGAGGAUCCCUGAGUGUGGGGCGGUGGCCUGCGCCCUCACCCUUCAGGCAGAUCCCACAGUGCGCCGGCUGCAGCCACAGGUGUGUCCAGGAUGCACUAACCAGCAGGGGUCAGGAGAGGGUUCAAAUGAGCUGGAACGGAACACUAAAAAGAGACCUUGUCAGACACAUGGGUGAAUGGCUUAUUCUGUAAGCACAGCUUGCAGACGAAAAACAGCUCUGCCAGAAAAGCAUAUUCAAUCUGAUAUGAUUUACAAGCAGUAUUGAGGUGGAGAAAAAUGUGAAAUCUAUGCACCUUAACAAAGUUUUAGAGCUACUUUGAACAUUAUAGAAAAACACAUUUAUCAAUAAAGGAAUGUACU